AUGAAGGAGGCCGCUGGCAGCGCGGACAGAAUUCCCAGCCAGAGAGGAAACCGACUGCAGCAGGUGGAGCUCAGUCCCGAGGAGGAUCCCGACGCGCCGCACCAGCUGGUUCCAUGUAACGUGUGCCAUCGAUGCUUCGCACGAGACCGGCUGGAGACGCACAUGAGGGUGUGUGAGAAAAAGCGGCCGCAGCGCAAGAUCUUCGACAUGUCACAGUACAGAGCCAAAGGAACAGAGCUGGAGGAGUUCAUGAAGAUCAACAGCAGAAGCAAAACGCCUGAACGCAAGAAGAAUAAUUGGCGGCAGAAACACGAGGCCUUCAUUCAAACCAUGCGUCAGGGUCGAUCUCACGAGCCACAGUCAAUCUCCAGUCUAAAUCCAGAAUAUGUAACCUGCCCUCAUUGUGGCCGCAAAUUUGCCCCAGGCCCGGCAGAGAGACACAUCCCAAAGUGCCAGAACAUCAAGAGCAGACCAGCACCUCCUAAACAACCGCAGACCAGCGCGAGGAAGAGGACGGCGCGCUGACACGAGCUUCAUCAGCUGCAGCUUUUGGAAGACUUGAACUCUCUGCAAUGAACUUUAGAGUAGCCUAACAUCUUUAGUAUGAAAUAUAAUACAAUAAAAAUAAAAAAAUAAAAUAAAAAAAACCCAUAUGAACAUGAUUCAUGGCAUUGAAACCAUAUCAGCUGUACUUAUGGAUAAAACCUUAUAUGUUAGAUAGAUAGUGUUUUAUACUAAUUUCACAAAACUUCAAAUGAAAAGCAACAAAGAAAUUCAGUCAGAAGAUUUUAUAAAAUGAACAAUGUAGGUUUAAAUUUUGUGAAAGUUAUGUUAUUGUAAGUAAACUGACAGAUGUAUAUAGCACAUGUUCAUAAAACAUCAAUCUCACAUUAAAAUAUCUCAUGUUUA